GUACAUGAAAUGUUCGAGGAAAUCGAUCGGAUUUUAUUUGAUAACCCGAAUCUAGAUCUACAAGAUUCAAUACUGAGGUAUACAUCAAUAACAACAAAUGUUGACGAUGAACCGUCUCAGCAUAUGAAUACUUCAAAUAUUAUCAAUUCACAUUCAUACACGGAUGAUUAUAAUUUAAUGGGUUUAGAUAAUUUUGGAUUAUUAUCUUUAGAUUCAAUUGAAAAUCGAAACCCACCUUAUCAGUAUCCUGAUCAUUUUAAUUCAUCAGUUACCAACUGUAUAAAUAGUAAUCCUUGUGGAAUUCAAGAUCAUUUAUUUUAUGAAUGUAAAGACUGGUUAUCUCGAUUCCCACAUUUACGCGUUGUUGGUAAACAAAUAAAAUUUUCUGAUGAAAAUAAAUCUACUUUUCAUCAUGAUGAUAGUGAUCUCAUAUCAGAGUUCUCUAACAUGAUUAACGUAUCAAGCACAAACGUGGAUACAUCUCUGAAUAUGAAGAAAGUCAUCACUGGCAGAAGGUUAAAUCAUAUACAAAGUGAAAUGGGGAAGAUUGAAGAACAUCUUUCUAAUCCACCAACAUCCACUAACUGCAUGGAGGAAGAGAUAUUCGCUAUAGAUGGUGAGUAUGAAGAAUAUAUGGAUGGUGUAACCGUAAGCAGCAAAUACAAUCCAACUAGCAAAAUCGAACAAAGUAAACAAUUAUCAUCAUAUGAUCAUACGCAUAUUCAAGAUAAAUUGUUGUUUGAUGGUAAAGAGCCUAAACUUUCGAAGUCCCAUCAAAGUAACAAACAUCAUGGUCAUCAUAAGCAUCACGGUUAUAAUCAUUUUAGACAUAAACAGAGAGAAAAACCGAAUCCUGCUCCAACACAUUUGAAUUCAGAAGAAUAUAAUGACAAAUUAUGCAUCUUACCUGAUGCAGUAUCUAAUUCGUGUGUCCCUUCAUCGCCUUGCAUAGCAUUGAAAAGGGUUAAACAACCCAAUAGUUUGAAAAAUUGUCAUUCGGAAAGCGAUUUUACUGCCCCGCUAUUAAAUUCAGUUGAAACGAUUCUUAGAAUAAUAUCUCAGCAGUUAUGGAAUGAUCUUACACAAUGGAUGAAGAUGUUAUUAUCUGAGAAUACGUUUCCGAACUUAAACAAAUAUGAAACUAAUGGAAUUACUCAGAAAGCUUCUCCUCACAGUCCAUUUCAAUCUCAUCGGCUACACGAUACCACUUUUUCACGAUGCGAUUCAUCAGUUGGCGAUGCACAAAAUUCAUCGGCUUUACCAUCAUUUCGACAACUUAAACAAACAAAGCAUUCUAAUUCAGAUACACCAAAUUGCCUCAGCGGUCAACACGCUGUACAAACUCAUGAGUCAAAUAUUGAACUUGCCGAUCUAUUGCAAAUUUCAACCAAAACACUACAAACACGUGAAAAGUCGUUAGUUCAGGAAAAUAUUGAUCCUUUUACUAAAAUACAGUACACUGGAAGUAACACAAUUUUGAAAGACUCUACAAAUAAUCAUUCAAUAUCUUCUGUAUGUGGUUCACAGUUGACAUCAGUGACUAUGACAACCAUUACUACAGCAUUAUCUCGUAUAAGUCCCCAAUCUAUUGGAACUAUUUCUAUCAACAGGCCAAUAUCCAGUUUAAACAAUAAAUUUACAACCAAUGUUCCACGUAAAGUUAUCCUUACGUGUAAUAGUUCUGUGCCUGAAAUAUCUCAUCAUAGCAGAACCAGUGGAGUUGCUGUAUUUGGUGUUGCCGCUAACAUAUACCAUAAUGAAAAACUUGCUCCAUUAGAUAGAUUACGUACACCUCUACCACCACAAUACCCUUCUAUAUCGGAGGAACCAUCGUUUAACACAGUAUCAUCAACAACCGCAAACAUACAUUUUACAAAUACAGAGAUUUCUCUUAACUCUACCUGUUCGACAAGUUUAGCAAAAUGUCAUAAUUUAAAUGUUAGUCAGUUGCUAUCCCCGGUAACAGUAAGCAAUGCCUUAACUUCACUCCCACUAGUAAUAACAACAACAAUACUGCACACUACACCUAAUUCAAUAAACAACAGUAGCCGAAUUCUGACGGUGAAUACAACCAGUAUGAUGAAUGAAACUACAAGUCCAGGGGAUUUCACGUUACCCCCGUUGUCUAAUCCAAUAAACAUUUUAUCAACCGUCACCACAACUAUAUGUUUUCCUCCAUCCAAUUCUUUAAAUAUAGAAUCAAGCCUGCAAAAUCCAAAGAUUAAUUUAUUUACAAAUAAUAAAACUGGAUUUGGAAUAUAUCAAGGUAGUGAACAAAAUAACCGGCAUACAACACAUUUACAUAAAAAAAUAUGUGAGAAUUUAGUUGGGAAACAGAAUAACAAUAGCAAUACUCUUGGGAACACAUCUAUUUUUACACAAAGAAUUCCAUCGAAAUUAUCUAUGCAUUGGAAUCAAAAUUCUCCAAAGCAAGCUUCAUUUCCUUUGCCACCUAUUGAUAUAUUUAAAGACCGAUUUGGAAGAAAACAAAAACUAUGGCGACCAUACAGUUCAAGACCGUUAUUAUUAAAUAAAUCAAUUACAAAUCCUUCUAGUAUGUUGACAAGAGCUUGCUCAACAUUGUUAAUUCAAAACCCUGAAAUUUAUAAUGAUUCAUGCUCAAUAAAAAUAAGUCCAGCAAUUUUUAUUGGCUCUACAACUAAUCCCAUAAGAGGUCAUGAUGCAGUUACACGUUGAUGAUUACAUCCAAAUUAUUAAUAACAUGAAGUUAAGCAGAAAUGUGUUCGUGAGUGAUCGCGCCAAGCAAAGGAUAUCUUCAUCUUUAGGCGUUUCAAGAAAGGAGACUAUAAAACAGUUUUACGUUUGCUGCAGGUAGAUAGAAAGAAUAAUCUUUAUGAACCUUUAUAUAUAUAAUGUACAUUUUCGUAUAUGUAUAUCCAUGUAUUACUAAUCACAUUUAUUAUUCUGCAACUGACCAUGUAUUUGAGUUUAGCUGUAAAUAAGAAAUCAAC